AUGGUUGUGGAAGUGGAAGAUGCGGCAGAAGUAGGACCUCCUCGUAAACGAGUGAAAUUCUACCAUUUCACCGAGGAGGUCCUCUUCGAGGUUGUCGAAGGGCCGCGGAAGGGAUUCAAGAGAACGAGAGUGAACGGGCCGGAGAUCAGGAAGGUGAAGACGGAAUUGAGCGAGUCGCCGGCGAAGAGAAGAAGACCGAAGGAAGUGUCGCAGGAGGAGAUGCACGCCACGUUCGGACCCGAUGCCGAGCCCGUUGAACUCGACAUGACACCGCACAGCUACUUCUGCUACCGGUACUGUGUGGCGGGUUGUGCCCACGACUGCCCGUGCCGAAAAGAUCUGGUGCGGUGCUGCCCGCGGUGCCCGUGCAAUCCCCGCACGUGCACCAAUUACGACCUGGAGCGGGAGCACCAACGGCGGUCGGCGAGAGCAUCGAGGGCCGAGCGUAGGCGCACGGCGAAUCGGGAGUGGGCCGCGAUGGAGCCGGUGACAGAUGGAAUGGCAGAGCAGGAGCGACGGUUGGCGGAGAAGGCGGCGGCGGCGGCGUUGAUGAAGCCGAGAUGGAGCGUGUUUUCGGAGGAGGAUGAGGAUGAGCCCGAGGAGAAGAUGGCGGUGAUAUUAGAAUUCCUCGAUGUUAUGAAUCAAAGAACAAACGAUAUCGAUCCGAGUGAUGGAAUGAAUGCACAAGAUCAAUGUGCUCAUGCAAUGGUGAUUGGAAUUGCUUUUGAAAAGUUAAAACGGAGACAAAUAGAUCAAUUCAAAAAGGAUAUCAUCAAUUGUACGGAACGAUUCGAUCAAAUGAAUGGAACGAUAUUUGUCGAAGUGGCUGAGCACAGGAUGACGGUGCUAAACGAAUGGUAA